AUGGAAACAGCGCUCUGCCAUGCGACGAUAUCCACAUAUGGUACAUAUGACCCCGCUCAAAUGCUACUUCUUCCCAGCCCACUCUCCAACGCCUUUAUGCAACAUGAUGCAGGAAUAAAUAAGCAGCUAAGCAAUACGCGGUCCAAACUCCAGCGCUGGCUACUAAACAAUUAUCGGGCAAUACUGCUGCCACAAACUCAGAGGGGUCAAAGGACGGGUAUCGCGACCUCGUGGCAGCCCACACGGGACGAAUCGAACAUGCGAAAAUCAAGCGGUCAAAUCCAACCCUUCUUCUAUCGUUGCCUCAAAGACAUGCGCUAA